AUGAACGGGAAUAGGCCGUCUAAGCGGGCACGAGACAACACAGGAGAAUCAUCCUCGCACACACCUGGAACCCCCGUUUCAUUCGAGCGGGACGGAAAAUUCUGGCUCGACGACGGAAACCUCGUUCUCGUCGCGAGGAACGUAGGCUUUCGAGUCUACCGAGGGUUACUUGCCGCCCAAUCCGAGGUCUUCCGAAACAUGUUUUCAGCCGGGGACUCUGCAGUUGGCAAUACCUUUGACGGCUGUCCAGUCGUCCAGCUGUCGGACUCUCCAGAGUACGUUCGGUACUUGCUCGACGUGAUCCUUCCCACAUCCACCAGGAGGUUCUAUCAAGACGAGAAGGGCCCCUAUAUAUCCUUCGAACAAGUAGCAGCCGUGAUCGGCCUCGCACACAAAUACAACAUCGCCGACCUCGAGAGGCAGGCUCUUUCUGUGCUCAAAAGCUGCUACUGCCAUACAUUUGAAACUUUUGAGUACGACGCUCGCCCAAUCACUGUCGAGAAAGUCGACGCAAUCGCGGCGAUCGCCCUAGCUCGGCUGACCGACACGCCCACAAUCCUGCCUCUCGCGCUCUAUAGGUGCUGUGCGCUUCGGAGCUCAGUGCUGGACGGAUGGAUGGGGGAGGACGGAAAGAUUGAGCACCUCUCGCCCGAGGACCUGAGGAGGUGCAUAGACGGCCGCGACGCGCUUGCGCGGGAGGCGACGUCGAUUCUCUUCCAAGUCUUUUACCCAAUCCCGGCCGACAGGUGCCUCACUCCGUCUUCCUGUCGUAAACGAUCUCCGAAGCUCCUCGCCGAGGCAGGAGCUGACCCGGGGGCCACUGAUCCAGACGUCCUGGGAUCCUGGCGUGGCUUCAUCAAGGCGGGCGUGCUUGAGCAUGGCCUCUGCAUGGAGUGCGAGAAGUUGCUGGUGGAGCGCGACAAGACCGUGAGGCGAGAGGUAUGGGGCCGACUUCCGCAGCUGUUUGGGUUGCAGAUCGAGGGCUGGGGUACUACUUGA